AUGAAUAUGUAUUCAAUGGAUGGGUCUCUCAUCGCAAGAAAUGUUAAUAUGAUGAUAAUGCACACCAGGAGUCUCUUGUCCCGACUGCCUAAACCAUUCACUCUUUCUGUUUAUGCCUUUGGCGUCUUGCGCAUCUCCCCCAGGAGCUACAAACUACUGCAGGACAUCCUCCUCGAAAAUGUCCUGGGCAAUCAUUUUGAGCAUGUACAGGGCAGGCACUACAAGGGGAGAGAUUCCCUAAAUGCAAAUAAAUUACACGCAGAGGUACACAAUACGAAUCAGUUAGGUAGUAAUCGAGGACGACGAGUCAAAGACCUGGAUGUGCGUCUGCACUUCUUGCACGUACGUGUAGAAAUUCAAAAUGACUUCUUACACAGCAGAAUGAAUUACCUCUUUGCAAAAUUCGUUUUUGCACGAACGGUGAGAUACUUAGGGGAGGAAAAUAUGGUAACGUACGUUAAGGGAAUUGUACCCCUCGUCAUGAACACGUUCUAUCACUACCCCUACGACAUUCUUAUGUGUCACACAAAGUUGAACCCAAGGAAAUAUGCCAAAUGGCUAGCUCGCAUGAACCAGUCAUAUGUAGAACACAACUACGAGUCAUUCAAUUGUCUUCUAAAGACCAAGUUAAGAAAAUAUGAACGCGUGAAAAGGAGAGAAAGAAAAACCUUCCACGUUAUGUACAAGCGCAUUAGACAAGAUCAACUGGGGUGCCACGUAACGAAUCAUGUGAGUGUUAAAAUGGAGAGGAUCUACCUGAACAUGGACAUAUUGCAGUUGUUCAAUUUGUACACCUUCUACUUUGUGGAUGACCGCAAUUUGCACCUCAGUAGAGUGGAAAAGGUAUUCCGUGGCCAGGGCCACAUCAAGCUGUGCGCAAGGGAGCCCUUCUCACAAGGGCAGCAAUUAGUCGAGGAACAACUCUUCAAGAAGGGGCACUCCGCUCACAACACAUGGACGCCUCACCAAACGAGCAUGGAAACACUCAAAUUGGAAAGUAUAAAAAACGCCCCUCCAGAGGAACCACUCGAAAGACGUAUUGUCAGAGCCUACCAAAGGAUGGUAAAAAAGUUGAGCAGCUCCGAUUUUAGCAAUUAUAACAGCGUCGCUAGAAGCAACAACGUAUACACUGUGCAGGUUCAAAUGAGACACGUCCAUUGCAGCUUCAAUUUUCUUUUUUACGAAAAUGUACUUGGCGUAAGGAAACUUCCACUCGGGGGAAGGAGGCAAAAAGGCAUAGCAAAAGAGGAAACGAAUGGAACGAAGCAACUAGCAGAUGGACAGUCGCACCCAUUUGGACUGACCUACAAGGGAAACCUCAACUUUCUCUUAUCAUUCAAUCUGCGCAAAAGUAUCAUGCAAAAAUUUGCAAAAAAGGAAAAAUACAUAUUUUUUAAUAAUUACGUGGUGGACAAUUUUUUUCAAAAUCACCUGAACAAGUCAGGUAAAUUAGCAAAUUUUGUGUCACACGCAAUUGAUCACAUCGGGGACGAAAUGGAUGAACACAUUUACUUCAAGUGUGACGUAGAAAGGAAGAAUUAUUUAUAUUUGACUAACCGAGAGGGGUCCUACUGUAUAAGUAGGAACAUAAAUCUGUGUGUGAGUGUCCGGAAUGACAAGGUGAUUUAUUUUAAUUGUGACGAGAAGAAUGUUAAAAUGGAGGGACUACAUUACAGGGAGGUGUUUCUCGACAAUUUGCUCAGGAGGAGUUCUUCUUAUUCGGAAGAAGACGACAAAUCAGCACAGGAAAAAAAAAUAUUAUGUGAUGUACAGUUGUGGGAUAACAAUGGGCUAGACUUAAGGAAAGGCAACUCGAACAGUGGUGCUUCUACCACAUACAAACAGAAAGAUGGUGCGCUUGAGUGGGAAAGGGCAAUAGGGGUGAAACAUAAACAUGGACCUCAACAUCGACUCAACUUCACCUCUCCCACUCCACCCAGCACCAGUGUGGACGUGGGAAAAAACUCCAUUCACAUGGAAACCCCCUGUGCGAAGCCAAAGUACAUCGAUGUGCAUGUAAAAAAAGCCAAUUUCGUGAUAAAAUUACCUGACCUCUUCUACCUAUGCAGUAAGUUAUACGAAGUGUUAUAUAUAAUGAACAGGCACGAGGAGGUGAACGUGUGCUUGUUCAAAUUGAGUGAGGCAUCCUUGAAAAAAAAAGACAUACAUAAAUGCAAAAUAAAAAGGAUGAAGAUUAUGAAUUAUUCCACCUUUAUCGUGAGGGUCGUUUUGUCCAGUUUGGAUCUCCACGUAUUCGAAAGUGUGUACUACAGAAAAUUGAAGAAAUGCAAAAAGAGCAAAAUUUCGCAUGUACAUGUUCAGGCAAAUUAUGAAUAUCUUACAUGUCACAGAAAGAACGAAACUCUUUUUAAAAGACAUCAGUCAGAUAUGUCCCUACAAAUAAAUUUUGCAAAAAAUAACAUCUAUGAGGAGUUCACUCGGGGGAUGCGGCUGAAGGUUAUUUGCAUUAGGACACGGAAGCAAGGCAACCUCAUCGUAUUGUUGGAGGAACAGGGGGUGAAUAUUUUCCUCACGAAAAAUGCAUUUAGGAUUGUUCUGCGGCUGUACGAGGAGGCCAACGACUGGAGGAAUUAUCGCGCCAGGGAAGUAGCCCACCGGGGGUGCUAUCCCAAUGGGGGGAGUGCACGAGGAGAAGAAGAAGGAGACCAAAUCACUGACCCCAACACAGUUCGCCGAUGUUCCACAAACCCCAGCUGCGACACGCACAACGAGGCCAGCCGUGCCCAGUCCAGGCGAAUCCAAAGGAGCAGAAGAAAUUAUGAACAAGGGGGGCGUACACACAAUUGUGCAAAAGGGGAAGACAAGGCGGGUGGCUCCACCAUCGUGAGGAAAACAAGUUCGAAGCUGCGGACCCUCCUGCGAAGCAAACACUACAACUUCCCCCACGACGAUUACGCAGUGAUGAAUAGGACGUACGAACGAGUGGCGACUUACAGAAGCAGCGAAAUAAGUCACUCCCCAUUUGAUAGAAGCAACCCGGUACACAUGCUCUACGUAAGACAAAUGGAAAGCUUCAUAUUCCCAUCACUAACAUCAAAGUGGAGUGGAAGCGGUGAACUUGUCCUCUCAUGUGAUCACUCCCUGUACGUCGUCUCCUCACCUGUGUGCAUUUACAAUGACACGAACUACGAUAUGGUGCUCCUGAUUAACAACCAAAGGAUCGUUUUAUUUGCAAAGAGACACAAUUACUUGAGUAGACACAGAUGCAACAUGAAGCGGGAUCAUUUCGUGUUGAUUCUUUUUUACAAAAAGGGUUUAUUCAUUUCGAGCAAGCUAUCUCUGCAAGAAUUUAAGAGUGCCAAUCUAGUGGGCAAGGAAAAACUGCACCAGUUUAUGGCUCAUAAAAAGUACUUUGCGUGCAGGUUAAGACCGGAUCGCCGCACGAACAGCUUCCUGUGUAGAGCAGCCGUCAAGCUGGUACCCCUGCGCAGAGUGCGAAACACGGCUCAGUCAUUUUUAACAGAUGAGGGUAGAAAUUGUGCGAAUGGGGGAGGUGAUGCAAGUGAGCCUAGUAAGCAGUUCACCCGGGAGUUUCCCCCGACAGAGACCCCCCCUAGCGACUUCUCCAACCAAUACACUAUAUACAACUGCAUGAGGAGAAAAUUAGCUAAAACGAUUUUAAACGACGAAUUUCUCUGCAACAACUGGAGCAGCAGUGACGACUGCAUCUUGACUAACCUAACGGUGAUUCAAAAUGAGAAGACAGACGACGGGUCGCUCUACCUUAAUAUUUCACAAAUGGCAAAGGUGCGAAAUACUCUUCCUAUUAGGGUGCAUUACAGGAGUGGAAACACCUUACGCAGCGUAAAACCUUUUUCAUCGCAGGAAAUUUUUUCUAACGACCUGGAUCUAAACCUAAGUUGGAACACCUUGAGAGGUAGCAGGAUGAAUAUAACCUACGACAAGCGGUUAGGCUUCUCCCCCCUGGGGGAUCUAUUCACAUCUCCCACUACCACUCAUCACCUACACAAUAAUGAAGUCAAGGAGGAAUUCCCUCCUCAGAGGAGCUCUGCACAAAUGGAAGGAUUCAAUUUGCAAAAGCAACGUCACGAGGAUAUCACUGAGUACCAUGUAAAUGUUAUAAAAUGGAACAAGGAAAUUAUCAUCACUUGCCAUACGUUAAUUUGCCUCUACUCCUAUGAGUUGAAAAAUGUCGAGGUGAACAGGAAGAGGAUUUACUUCGUGCAUUCCUCCAGGGGAGUUAGCAGUGGAGAUAAGUGCCAUGAAAGGAGCUUCUCGUCCCCCCUGACCUUUCCACUGAAGCGUCUCAACCUCUACGUUGGCGUGUAUAACGAACUCGUGAGCAGCAUCCACGUGGAGAAUUACAAAAUUAGUAGCGUAAAUAUGAACAGCUUUAAAGAGGUAAAAAUAGGGGACAAACACAGAGGCAGAGAAUGCUCAUCGCACUACGCACUGGAAUAUAUAAAAAAUGGCUCACUUGGAAGCAGUAGGCGGUACAGCAGAGUUAGCUCCCUGCUCAUUAUCUACCCUCGGUUUGUCAUGCUGAACCAAACCAACUUCAACGUCGUCAUGUCCUCCUCGUGCAGUAGUGACGCAGUAAUGUACACAUUUGAGCGAAGGUCUCGAUCAGUUAUUAACCUCCUGGAGAAUGACAAACGGAGCUUCUUCUUUCAAAUUGGCAAAUCUCACGCAAGUAAUAACGAUUACGUUUUUGUGAGUGGAGGAAUAGACAUUACAAAAGAAGGAUCCUACAUUUUAUGCUUCACUAAUAGGCGAUCUUCAUCAAGCAAAUCGCAAAAUUUACCUCAAAAUGGAGAUAAAAAUCACCUGCACAAGUCAGGUAAAAGGGAAAAAAUAAAAACACAAUUUUUGCACCUUAAAAUAAAAAUAAUACAAGGAAGUAAAUUAAAAGAACAGAGUGGAGUUCAUUGGGGAUCCAACUCCCUCUUCAUAAUUAUCUCCAAUCAUAGAAGGAAGAAAGACAAAAUGAAAAAAUAUCUCACGAAAAUUAACUCCCCCAAUGUAUUAAUGCACUCUAUGGAAAGCAAUGAAAAGGAGAACACACUGAUGAACAUUUACCAUUUUAUUAAAGAAGAGGAACAAGUAAAAAAACUUUAUGUGUACAAUGAUAUGGAAAUAGAUCUCAUGUUUGAUGUUUUUCACUUUAGUGAGUUUGUACAUAUGAUUAAGAAAGUGCUGGAACAGGAGAGCACCGCAUGUACACCAACUCAUGCAGAUUGUACUGCACACCAAAAGGGAAUAGAGCGAAGGUAUGAAAAAGGGAAAAAAGGAACAGUGGAUCAUCGUUGUGCUUCUCAAGUAAGACAACACAACAGAGCAAAGGAAAGCUUCUUCAGAAACAUCUUCCUCAUAGAAAGUAGUGAUGAUAAUUCAAGUGCAGAUGAGCUGAUUGAACAAGAACAGAAUACCAAUUAUGACACAGCCAAGCUGACCAAGCAAAAUGUAAGCUACAUUUCGAAUCAUGUGAAUGAACUGAAAAAAUUUGUUCAGGUCAACCUCAGACAGCUGCGACGAAUAGGGAGAAAGAAGAUACUCUUGUUCCCCCUGAGGAAAAACAAAAAUGUUAAGAACUCCUUCCUCGUGGUGUAUCCUUGGCGACAUGCAAAGACAUACCAAAUUGUGAAGUUUUCUCUUAAGAGGAAGAAGCACGUACUAACCUUUACGCGCAACUGUGCAAGUGGCACCCCGCCUGAUGAUCCCCCCCUGGUCAUCAUCCUCGAAACAUUCGUUCUGAGCAAAAAAGGAAAAAAAAAAAAAAUCCUCCUCAAGAUCUCCAAACAUAUUGAUAAUAUCGUGCACAUCCGUGGGAAGGUUAAUAUGAACACGUUGUUCAAACCUGGGAUAGGUACCCCCCGCAUGGCGUUAACACACGGUGAGGAGACUACCGCUGUUGUGAAGCCCCUACCUGCUCCUCCACACCAUCUCGACAAAGUAAAUGAAAGAGGAAGCGAUCCGUAUAGGAGUCUCCCCAAUAAGCAAAUAAAUAUUCUCCACAAAUAUGCAACUGUUGCUGGGUCAUUCGUGAGGAGGAAACGAGGGGGGGUAGGGAACCUUCUUUCUGUUAAAGGGACAAAACGCGUAAUAGGAGGAACAACUCAUGAUGGAAGAAAAUUCAACAGGGGGGCAUACCCAAAACGAUUACAUACAAAAGGGCGACCAUUGCAACACCCCACGUAUUGCCACUUUAAGAAUAAAAACGUCACUCUCGUUGAGAGUAGGAACAAGUACAAGGUUAUUUUCACCAAGAGGGAGAAGGGAACACCGGACGAUGCUCUACACUUCUACUUGAGCAUCGCGAAGAGCAUACGCAUAAAUGUCUUUUCAACUGUGUUGGUGGAGGGAAGUGGGGAGGGGAGGAAGUUAUUUGUGGAGAGAGGGGAAAAGUGGCAAGGAGGAUUGGGAAGCAUGCCGAAUGAUACACGACUACAUACCAUGACUCACUCCUCUCAGCGUGAUCUCUUUAAAAAAAAAAAAAACUCUCAUUUGUGUACCCUCAUGUUGAAAAACACAAACAUGUUGGUGAGUCUUCACCAAAACAUGCCAAACGUAAUUCUCGUUUCCCUGGGAGAUGCCAUCAUAAAGGAAUUCGCGUCCGCCGACAUGAAGAAAGUACUUUGCAAAUAUGAAGUGAAGGGAGGUCAACACAGGGGAGAGGGAUACAUGACCCUGGAGAGGAGUGAAGGGGUCUGUAGGGACAACCCCAAUAGCAUCAACUGUUUGGCACGCCUACACAUGGAGUACGAAAUUUACCGCAACGAGUGGAACAUUAAGAAGUUCGAUUUGGCUUUUUCACCUGUACAUGUUCAGGUAACUUUGGAUGUGGUGGAAAAUUUUUCCUACUGCUAUGAGAAGUUCUGGAGGGGAGAAAAAACACCAAGGAGUAGAAAAGUGGUGGAGGAUGACUUCCAGUUUUUUUUCUCCACCAAAUGUGGAAAUUCUUCAGGAGAGAGUGUCUCACCAAUUUGUUCACUCCCCGAUGUGCGUCUUCCUCGUAUACGAAACAGCGGUGCCGAUCUGAACCGAGCAAGCAAUCACAGGUCCAUUUACCAUAGCAUCCUGGAGGGGGGAAAAAAGAAAAAACUCAAAAUAGGCACCUUCCAAGUGUCCACUUUGAACAUUCACUUGUCCUUCCACAAGGAAAAUACAUGCAGCAUAUAUGAGUAUAAAAAUAAAGGGCCGUGUAAGUUAGCGGUUCGUUUGACUUACCUGAACGAUAUGGAUGACGCUGACGUUACCAUCAGUCCUCUGUGUCUCACUAGGGUUAGAGAAAGGGACGCGCAAGAUUUUCUUAACUACCUCUUCAAUUUUUAUAUGAAGGAGCUUUACAAGGGUCUCUUUUUUUAUCUGACCAGGAUGAAUUUGGUGAACAAAUACAUAAGCAACUACUACAGCUUCUUCCACGUCCUCAUGGAUAGCGCCAUUUUUAACGUCGACCACAACAGCGGUGUUAGCGCGGUUGGCGGCGUUGACCAAGUUAGCCGCGUUAGCGAUGUGAGCGGGGUUGGCACGGUUGGCGGCGUUAGAGGCCAGGCAAAGCACAGACAUAAUAGAAGACACACCAGUCUGACCAGCGCGUGUCUCAGGGGAAGGAGGCAAGACGACUCUCACGUCCAAGUGGAAGACCACAGGAACAUCUCGAGCGACUCCAACUUUUACGUCAGGACAAAGAAGAGGGAAAUUGAAAAAAAAUUAAAUACAGAUCUCUUUUACCUAGAGAAUGGCAAAAGGAUGUCCCUCUUUGAAGAAAAUGGAGGGAGCAACUGCAUCGCGGGGGACACUUCCCACAGUCAGGGGGAAGAACAGCAGAGUGCCGAAGGGGAGCACCAGAACAACUUUAGCCUCCUUAACAACACGCUCAGGACCCUGGGCAAGGACAUCAUGUCAAGCAUUAAUUAUUACCUGUAUGAUGGGGCUACCACUGCCGCUACCACCUCCGGUGCCACCCCUUGCCAGGCGGGAGGAGACCAGAGGGGGAAAUCCCACCAGGCAGACGGGACAACCUUUUUUAAGGCAGAAAAGAUGAACAUACUGAAGCACUUUUUGGAGACCCGAACAGACCCUCCAGCAGGUGGUGAGGUGGCCACUAAGACGGACGAGGAGUUCCCCUCCUACCUGUCCCUCUACAGAAGGAACAAAAUCAUGCACGAUGAAUACGUCCCCCGGGUGUGCAGUUCAGUGGACCGCCGUCUCAUACGCAACCUAGUCGUGCUGGAUUACCUACACGAUAAGCAGGAGCGCAAUUUGCUCCUCUUCUGUGACGAGUACUUGGUGAUGUUCCACCGAAACAAGAGGACCAUCAUGCGCAAGCAAAACAUGAUCAAGGUGGAGAUAACUUGUGUCCACUUCAACUUAACAUUCGACAGAGACAAAAGCUUAAUUAUGAAUUUGAGAAAUGUUAUAAAAAAAAAUAAGGACAACUUUCUUGGGUUUUAUUUCGACGUGCUCUUCAAGAGAAAAAAAAAAAGACUCAUAAAAAAAAUAAAAAAAAAAUUAAACAAAAUUGUUUACUUCCUUUAUUACCUGUUAUACUUUAUUCACAAUUACCAACGGAAGGUAAAACUGUUGAAAGGGACGGAUGCUGCAACGGGGAAGGAAAAGAAGAAUGUGAAUUCCUUCGUCACAAUUUUUGAGGAACAUCAGAAGGUCUUCUUUUCCUUUUCCUCCUUGGCCCAUUUGGCGCGCUUUUACCUCAACAUGCGCGCCUUGGUCUUCAACAUGUCUGCCAGCCGUCACUCCAGCUAA